UUUUACCUUUUAACUCCCAAAUCCACGUGAAAUCUUUCAGCAAAACCCUUUCCGAUUAUAAUUCUCCUUCUUCCCGGACAGAAUUCAGCUAGGGAUCGAAUUAAGCCCUAAUUCAGCUAUGGAGGGGAAGGAUGCGAGGCGACGAUUGGUUCAAUCGACACUGUUUCCACGCAGGGAGAGUGUGAUCAAGGAAGGAGAAAAUUGCGGCGGCAAUGGAGAAGAACAAGUGUCGGAAGAAGAGGAGGAGUGGUGUGGCAGUAGCAAAAGGCGGAGAGGAAGUAAGGUGAAGCCUAAUUCAAGGUCAAAAACGACGCCGCCAGCUUCUUCGAAGAAGGUUAUAGAAAAUGGCAAAGAAACUUCAAGCAAGCAAGUGAAUGAUAGUUUUUCCCCAGUUGCUUCAAAGUCCAGUUUCUUUGUGAAGGCCUCUGAGAGGCCCCAGCAAGAAAUUCAGCAAAAUCAGCCAGUAUUCAUUGAUUCGCCUGAAGAUAAUGAUGAAAUCAAUUCACCUCCUAUCUCUACUCCAAAUGGUAGGAGUACUCCUCGAAAGAUGAAGAGGCAGGAUAAGUCAACUCCAACGAAGGAAAGGAGGACCUCAACACCAAAUAAAAAGAUGAAAAAUGGCAGAAGAGAAUUAUGUUGUGUUCAACUCCCAUUUGACCUUGCAGUGGAAGAACAGCCAUUGCGAACAAUUCCAGAUCUAAGAUUGGAGGCGAAAUUGACAGCAGAGGAAAAUUCACGCAUAUUUGCUGGACGACAAAUACAUCCAUUUUUCACAUCAUGGAAAGCAGGGAAAACAAGCCAAGAUUUGACUGAUUCAGAAAGUAAAUUGUCUUCUUUUGAGAGAAAGGACAAAGGCAUUUCUUUCAACCCUAUCCAUGUAUUUGAGAAUGUUGAGGAUGAUUGCACGACCUUUGACUGGGGACAUUGGGUAAUCUCGGAAAGAAGUGGCAAUGGCGAUCUGGAAUAUGGAUAUUCACCAGUUUAUGAAGGAUCUGUUGACUCCUUGAAUUUUGAUAACAUUAUGAAUGCCUCUCGUUUGACCAGAAUAUCACUAUACCAAAACUGUCACCAGGACUCGGUCCUACAAAAACAGGUUCCUGUUGAGCGGCCUGACAAACCAGAAUGUUCACAUCCCAUUUCAUCCUUAUCAUUGGCAUCACUGGCUGAUGAGAGAGUAAUAUGUAGUGAACAGCAGAAGGAUCAAGAUAUGCUGCCAAAAAAUGCAGAAGACAUCCUUGCUGAACCACUGUUGCUGGACCAGGAAAUUGGAAACAAUUAUUUACUUGCAGGGACUAGUUGCCCAAGCUCUCAGUCUGAGCUCCAGGACAAACUUCUUGAGGAAAGGAUCAUGUCCCAUUAUCAUACUUGUCAUAAUCAGCCUGAAAAUUGUCUCUGGACCGACAAGUACCAGCCUCAGAAUGCCAGACAGAUAUGUGGUAAUGGUGAAGCAGUGGAACUUUUAAGUGACUGGCUUCAUCUUUGGCACAGAAGGGGUUCCCUAAUCAGUAGAAGUUGCAUGGAUGAAGACAUUUCUGUUGUGCAAGAUAUUGAUCAUGAUUACAAGCAAAAUGAUGCUAAUUAUGAUACCAUCAAGGAUGAAGAAGCCUUGAAGAAUGUUCUCUUAAUUACUGGACCAGCUGGGAGUGGGAAAUCUGCUGCCAUCUAUGCUUGUGCCAGAGAUCAAGGAUUUCAGGUUAUCGAGAUAAAUGCAUCGGAUUGGCGUAAUGGAGCUCUAGUAAAGCAGAAGUUUGGCGAGGCUGUAGAAUCUCAUUGGCUUCAGCGUGCAGUAGACAGUGGGACAAAUUCAGACAACAAAUCCCUAUCAAAGUUUUUUAAGGCUGUCAAUGCAGAGGCACAUUGCUCCGAUGAUGAAGUAUAUGAACUGAUACACUUAUUGGAUAAGGAGGCUUCGCAAGAAGCUGGUGAAUUGCUGAAGGUAUCAGUCUCUGGAGAGAGCAGGACUGCUAAUUGUCAAAAUCAGAUAAAAACCUUGAUUCUUUUUGAGGAUGUUGAUGCUACUCUGGAUGAAGAUCAUGGUUUUAUAACAACUAUACAACAACUAGCAGAGACAGCGAAAAGGCCCAUGAUAUUGACUAGUAAUAGUGACAGUCCUGUCCUCCCAAAGAAUUUGGACAGGUUAGAGUUGAGCUUUUCUGUACCAUCAGUGGAUGAGCUUCUUCCACUUGUCCAUAUGAUUUGUGCCUCAGAAAAAGCUAAAAUCCAUCCUUGCUUGGUAGAACGAUUUGUUUAUUUUUGUCAAAGAGACAUUCGCAAAACCAUCAUGCUUCUCCAGUUUUGGUGCCAGGGUCAAACUCUUGAGAGAGGUAAUGAAUUUUAUAGAACACAUUGGCCAGUUCUAUUCGAUCUUGAUGCUGCGCAUCACAUCCUACCAAAAGUGAUACAUUUCGGUUACCCUUCAAAGCUCUCUGAACUUGUGGCGGAGGAGGUUGUUAAGUCGUUGAUUUUGAUGGAAGAAACCAAUGGCUUGAUGAACACAAAUAGUGGUGAGGACCGAAAUGACUGUGGUGCAGAAAAUACCCAUAUGCAUAAUGCUGAACCAGACCCUGUUAAGGUGAAAAAGAAGGCAAUGUUAAGCUUGCAGUGUUCACUUCUUGAUGAUGUUGAAUGUGCACAAUUUGAGGCCAACAGUGAGCUUUUUGAUUUCUCUUGCUCCCCAGUCACACUUCCUCAGCAAAAGGGUAGGAGAAAGAUCAACACCGUUCUUUCUUCUGAUUCUGAAGACGAGGUCUCAGGUGGCAGUAUUCCCUUAAUUUCAGCUGGAGUAGAUAUUAAUCCCGAAGUAGUUGACAUGAAAAACAUACCAAUCUCUCAAUGUUUUUCGACUGAAAUACAUCACCAUCCAACUAGACUGAUCUAUCCUUCUGAAGUAGAGAAGUUGGAAGAUCAUUGCCAGCUUCAGGAAAGAGUUGAUUAUUCUCAUAUAGAAGGUACAUCACUUGAUGUGUCGCUUGUGCCAGAAUCAUCCUUCGUCCCUGAGACAGAGAUUAUCAAUGAAGCAGAAUUAUAUUCGACAACAGUGUCUUAUGGUCAUUUUGUCAAUGCAAUGGGAGGUAACUUUAUAAUUGAAGACCAAGAUCUAACACCUAUUCUUGCACCUGAUAUGGGUGCUCAGUCCUGUAAACCUUUGCAUGUACUGCACAACAAGGAAAUCUUAGGAAAUACUUCUGAUACUAGUGCUUGUCAAGAGGAGGUGGGAGACUCUCAUAAAUCCGAGACAGAUCUUCCAAGAGGCUAUCAACUUUUGGAUGAGUGUAGUCGUAUGGAUUUCACGAGCCAAUUGAAGUCCUUGGACAAUCCUGAAUCUGAUCAGGUGAUUGAUUUUGUAAAAAGAGCAUGGCAGAGGCUGCAUUACAGCAAUGAUUUAAGGAAGUAUGUGACUGCAGAAGAGAAAAUUGCUUCCCAAGGUUUAACGUUUGCUACUGGAAUGAGUAAUUUAAUCGCAGAGGCUGAUCUGUUACUGAAAGAUUGCCAGACUCUAGUAUCUGAUUCUUUGGGAUCAUCAGCGAUUCCUGGUGAGAGAACUCAUUCCUAUAGUUAUUAUGAUAAUCAAUUGGAAAUGUCAUCAAUUAUUGCUCAGCACGGAAUGUGCUUCUAUGCCAAAGAAGUUGCUUCUUUAGGGUUAGGGACCACAAACACCUCGAGUUUGGCCUCAGAAAUGUUGUCAUCCUCAGCAAGUUCGGUUGCAUUAGGGAAACUGGCUAGUCAGGACCAAAGAAAGGUUGAUCGAUCAGAUAUAAAAACAUACAAAGAUCUCAAAAUUUCAAUGAGCAGCGGAUCAGAUUCAUCUCUUUGCAAUAUACUUCAGAACAUAGUCCCUCCAAAGUCGUAUCUAGCAGCAAAGGGUAACGCACUCCAUGAAUACAUCUCAACAUUGAGCCAGAUUUCAAGAUUUGAAGCCUCCCGUUUAUCCGAAUUCAUUAACAGAAAGCAAAGAAGAGCACGCGUUCCACGACAUUAUUUGAAUUCUGGUCCGUUAUCAAUUUCAUCUGAAGAAAUAUCAUUGCUGGGCCGGUACAAUUGCUACCAAAAAGGUUCCUUCUCGUCUUAGGUGUAAAAUGUCUACAUUAAGAAAAUUAACAACCUUGACCUAGAAAACAACACUUUUGAAGUUUAAUCCCGAGGAGGAGAUCAUGCAUAUGCCUGCUGCUGCAUUCCUUAUAUCGCCCGCGGCAGUCUUUAGGUUCCCUGAGAGAGAUCGGAAACUGAUGGGCAGAACUGCAGGGAGUACAAUCAAUGUAAAUCUAGAGUAAUUCAUCCUAUUUAUUUGAAUUAUAGAUUUGAAAGUAGUCAAUGGAAACUUCAUUUAUUUCUCUAGUUCUAGUUGCAAAAUAAUACACUAAGCUGCAGUCUGUAGCUUUUUCUGAAAAAAUACAAAAUUCUAGUGCUCAGCUUUUCUCUUU